AUGCUGGACCCCGAGCGCGGCUGGAGCCUGUCCUUCUCGGGCUGCGGCUUCCUGGCCAUCUACUAUUUGGGGGUGUGCCGCUGCCUGGCCGAGCACGCCCCCCACGUCCUUCGCGACGCGCGCAUGAUGUUCGGAGCCUCCUCGGGGUCGCUGUUGUGCGCCGUGUUACUCUCCGGGCUGUCCUUUGACCAGUCAGUGCAAAUCUUCAUGGACCUUGCCCUGUGGGCCCAGAGCCCGAACCUCCGCAUCUUCCGCCCGUCCAUCAACCUGAUGGAGUUCAUGCGCGCGGUCCUGCGCCAGCACCUGCCCGACAACAUCCAUGAGCGCCUCUCCGGAAAAGUCUACCUCUCCCUCACCCGAGUGGCCGACUGGAAAAACGUGCUGGUGUCCGAAUUCCAGUCCAAAGAGGAAGUCAUAGAUGCCUUGCUGUGUUCCACCUUCAUCCCGUUCUACUGCGGCUUCAUCCCGCCCUCCUUCAGAGGCGUGGACUAUGUGGACGGGGGACUGAGCAACAACAGCCCCUACAUGGACAGCAGAACCACCAUCACCGUGUCCCCCUACUACGGGGAGAAUGACAUCGGCCCCAGAAACAUUUCCAUGAAUUUGCUGGCUAUAGACUUCAACUCCCUCCACAUGCACGCCUGUGCGGAGAACACCUGUUUCAUGAUCUGGUCGCUGUGGCCCCCCAGUCACAAGGUCUUGUUGGAGUUCUGUGUUCAAGGGUAUCUGGACACAGUCAGGUUCUUGGAAGAGAAAGGCAUCUGUGACAGGCCCCAGCGGAGCCUGAGCGCACCCUCAGAAGAGCUGCAGGUCCUUGUGCCCCCCCAGCCACAAGGGGUGGCUGCCCCGGAGGAGAAGCCGGGAGACGAGCUGCUGGCCUACCUGCGAUGCAACAUCCAGCAGUGGGACGAGAGCUUCCUACAGAUCAUGUCACCCACGUUCAUCCUAGCUCUGCGCCACACAAUGAAAGAGACAGACGGGUACCUUGGCAAGAUCUGCAACCUCCUGCCCGUGAAGGUGCUGUCCUAUGCCCUGCUGUCCUGCAUGCUGCUCGUGGAGUUGGCCUUCUACGUGGUCUGGAGAUUGGCGCUGUGGGUUCCCAGGAUUCGCGAGGACCUCCCGCGGCUGCAGGGGGUGGCCUCCCGCGCUUACUCUCUGCUGCUGAUGCGCCAGUUCCAUGGUGCCAGGUAG